CUGUAUAACCUUAAAAAAAAACAACCAAAAUUCAUCAAAGCAAAGUUCCAAAGAUGUAAAAAAAUAUUUAAUUUUUCUAAAAUGGUUCAGAUAACCAAUUCAUUACUAGCGAAAGUUAGAAAGAUUACCAGAAGAUUCCUACGUGAAGGUUUCAGAGAUAACCUAAAAAUAUACGUACAGGGUGGUGCUGGAGGAAAUGGUCUGCCCAAAUUUGGUGGUGUUGGAGGUAAUGGAGGAAAUGUUGUAGUAGCAGCCAAAGAAGACAUAUCCCUUGAAACUGUUUUCAAAUCUAACAAAACAAAGCAGUAUAUAGCUAAAGGAGGACGGCAUGCCUCACACAAUUUCAUCUUAGGAAUACCAGGAGAAGAUCUGAGGUUUGAAGUACCUGUUGGAGUGUCUAUUAUAACAGAAUUAGGAAAAAAAUUAGGUGAAUUGAAUAAUGAAGGUGAUGAACUUGUCUUAGCAAAAGGGGGUACUGGAGGACACGCAAAAAAUGGUUUCUUGGGUACAAAAGGGCAAGCAUAUUUUGUUAGCUUGGACUUGAAACUCAUUGCUGACAUAGGAUUGGUAGGAUUCCCGAAUGCUGGAAAAAGCACACUCUUGAGGUCAAUAUCUCAAGCAAAACCUAAAAUUGCCAGCUAUCCAUUCACAACUGUGAAGCCAAAUAUUGGUAUUAUGGUAUAUAAAGAUCAUCGCCAAAUUUCCAUGGCCGAUUUACCAGGUCUCAUAGAAGGAGCCCAUGCUAACCGAGGAAUGGGUCAUGAGUUCUUGAAGCAUGUUGAGAGAACAAAGCUAUUGCUUAUGGUCGUUGAUAUAAAUGGCUUCCAAUUAGGUCCUCAGUAUCCACAUAGAAGUUGCUUGGAAACUGUGAUGCUCUUGAUAAAGGAGCUUGAAAUGUAUAAUGAAGAUAUGUUGAUGAAACCAUCAAUGAUUUUAAUAAACAAAAUGGACUCUGAAGGAGCAUUAGAGAGAUUUCAAGAAAUAAGAGACCAUUUAAAAAAUCUACCAGAAUUUUUCAAACAAUAUCCCGAAGAGAUGAGACCUAAUAAAACAUUGAAUUUUUGUGAUAUCAUUCCCAUAUCAGCGAAAGAACAUCCUGAUGAUGUUGAACAUGUUAAACAGAAGUUACGUAAGCUAUUAGAUGUAUUAGCAGAACUAGAGAAGGAAGAGGAAGAUCAGAGCACUGAAAUAAUUGAAAAUGUAAGGAAAUCGUUGAAAGAAAAAGGACCUGUGCUUGUAUAAAAACAAAUUGAUGUAAACAUUUCAAUGUAGUUUUUAUUCUUUUUAGUCCUAUCCGUAACUAUAUCAAAGAUGAGAUGUCUCUGAAAUUAACAAAUAAAUAAAAAAAUUACAUUUUUUGGUACUCAUAUACAGGGUGUUUCCUAAUUGAAUUUCAAUAUUUGAGGAGGCGAUCCUUGGGCCCAUUUUGAAAGAAAAAAAACAUAUGAACGAAUGACCUAAACGUCUUUACUUUUAAGAUACAUGGUGGUGAACUUCUCAAAAAUAUAUAGUAUUUUAUUAAUAUCUGUAAUAACACUUGAUUUGAUCUCUUGGAUUGUUUCAGUUAUUGACAAUUUUGUUAUGAUCAUGCAGUGAGCAGAUUUUUAUUUUUUGAGUGAAAAACGUGCAUUAGAUUGAAAAAAUUGUGGAGAUCAAAUUUGCUUUGAAGUGAUUGAGAAUUUCAGGAAUGAUUUCAAUUUUGAGAUCAAUCAGUGGCGUACCAUCAAUGUCUGCUAAAAUAGGUAUGUAAAAUUCCAUACGAACGCCAGUGGUGUCAACAACAAAAAAUGUUGUACACUCGCCGAUGUUUCUUGAUACAUAGUACAUGCCAAAUGUCAUCAGAAUAUCUAGAGUAGUAUCACAGAUAAUAAUGAAAAACUUCAUUUUUGAGAACUCUACCACCAUGUAUCUUAAAAAUUGACGUUCACAUGAAAUUUUCUUCUUAAAAUGGGCUCAAGACUUGCCUCCUCAAAUAUUGAUAUUCAAUUAGGAAACACCCUGUAUAGUAAAAUAUUGGUCACAUAUGAUCUUGAAAUAUACAGGGUGCCCUAUAAGUAUAAAACAAGUGGCCAUCUUUUACCAAGAAAUUUGUUGAUAUGUUGGUAUAUUAUGUACUUCACUAUCAAUCCUUCGACCAACUGGCUUGUGGUUGAUUUAAUUGAGUCAAUUUCACCCAUUUGCAACUGAUUCUUUGAUUUUCAACUUCUUCUAUGAGACUUUCGCCGAGAGGUGCAUUAUUUUCAAUUGUAAUAUUUUCAAAAUCUGUAUAGACUCCGAUGUUUUCUUUCCAC